AUGUCAGAGCAAAAACGUAUACGGUUAUCAGGAGCUGCAUAUCGAAAACAAAAAUUAAAACAAACAGAUUCUAAAAUUAUUUUAGAAGAACCAAAUACCUUAGGAGUUACUGACAGUUUAAAAGAAGUUGGUAAUUCAAAACAAAUUUCCGAUAGCAUUGACAUUUUCAAUAAUGAAAUAAACACAACUUUGGAAGAAAAUACGAGUAUUAAAUAUAAUGAAAAUGAAAACAACAUAUCUGACCUCGGGACAUGGCCAGCGAUUUUUUCAGAUUCAUUACGACUUCAAUUAGUAAAAACAAGUCCCACUAAACCAAAUAAAGAUUUCAAAUAUCCUAGAGAUGCGUUAAAUCGACGGUUUCCAAUUUCAAUUUUAAGUAAAGCAUUAAAAAAUGGUGAAGUUAUAGAACGUACGUGUAGUGAAAAUUAUGCACUGACUAAAUUUGGCUGUAAUGAUUGGAAAAAUGUACACAAUAUAGUUAAAGAACAUGAAACAAGCAAAAUACAUUUUAAUUCUUUAAAAAAAUGGAUGGAACUGUCUGCUAGAUUAAAUAGCAAUCAAACUAUAGAUGCUGCCCAUCAACGUGUAUUAAAUAAUGAAACUCGGUAUUGGMAAAAUGUACUUGAACGUUUAAUGGCAAUCAUUGAAUUUCUUGGUAAACAAAGUUUACCUCUUCGAGGAACAAACGAUGUUCUUUACGAAAACAAUAAUGGCAAUUUUCUCGGAUUAGUACAGCUGCUGGCAAAAUUUGAUAGUGUUUUAUCAGAACAUGUUCGCAGAAUUCAAAAUAAGGAGAUUCAUAAUCAUUAUCUAGAUUGUACUCCCGAUAAAAGUAGAGUAGAAAAAAUGUCAAUAACUAUACGGUUUGUUGAUAUUAACUGA